GGCAGUUUCGUCAUUCCGGACUAGCAAUUACACUGAUUGGCUACUAAUUUUAGACGAGUGAUUGACAAGUUAGUUGGGUCACACGCGAAUUAGUGGCUUCCCAUCCUGUUCGAAUCCUUCCUGUGGCCAGAGCGAGAAAGAAUUCAUUGGAGAGUGUGUAGGUAACAAAGUACAAGAAUGGGUGAUGUUGAAAAAGGAAAGAAGAUUUUUGUUCAGAAAUGUGCGCAAUGUCACACAGUAGAAAAAACUGGAAAACAUAAGACUGGCCCAAAUUUAUGGGGACUCUUUGGCCGCAAAACCGGACAAGCUCCAGGAUUUUCAUACACAGAAGCAAAUAAAAGCAAAGGUAUUGUGUGGGGAGAAGAAACAUUAUUAGAAUAUUUGGAGAACCCCAAGAAAUAUAUACCAGGAACCAAAAUGAUUUUUGCUGGAAUAAGAAAGCAGAAUGAGCGAUUAGAUCUAAUUGCUUAUUUAAAGAAAUCAACAUCAGAGUGAAAUGUUCUCAUAGAAUGGAUGUCUAUCAUUUUCAGUGGAUAGUAAAGUUCUCAUUGUGGAUAGUCUCAUAGUUGGGUUAUGUUUUAGCAUGUAUCUAGUGUACUAACAGAUUAAAUAAGAAUGCUAUUAGAAGGGAAAGACACUUACUAGUACAACAAACCUGCUCAUAGUUUGUGUUUAAUAUUAAAGGGCAUUUCUUUCAAUCACUUAAAUGUUUUUGAGAGCCUUCCUCUUCAGUCUAACAGAUUAGGUAUUAUGUGCAUGGAAGCAAAUUUUUAUCUGUUUUACAAACCUCUACAACCAAAGUGAUUGCAGAUCUUUCAUUCGGAUAAUAUACAGAAUGCUGUGUUUCUGACUUGUUUUAAGGUACAAUAAAGUCAAAAUGAGACUCAUGAUUCAGAUUGGAUAAUUUAAAAAAAAAACAGGUUUAAUUUUAUUUGUGUUAUCAAAUUGACUUCCCUGUCUACACAUCCUUUAUUGAAGAGUAAACCUAGAUAGGGUCAGGAGCAUGCAAAUGUCUUUCGUUUUCUGGCAGCAGAAUGUGCAACAAUGUAUGAUAUUGCUACAAAUAUUUUUACAAACAGUGCUUCUAUCGUUGCUAAAUACACGUGCAUGUUCCUGAGCUCUUAUUAGUUUACAUAGGUUUGCCCUUCAACAUGAGAUACCAACGGAAAACUGCUAAUUUGAUAAUAGAACUACAUUUUAAAAUGUAAUUUUAUUUAAUAAUGGGACAGUCUAGUCAGUAUUUAAACUUCCAUGAUUCAGAUAGUGCAUGUACUUUUAAACUUUCAAAUUUACUUUUAUCAUUUCAUUUACUUUGUUCUCUUGGUAGUCUUAGUUGAAAGCUAAACCUAUGCUAGAUUCUAAGCCAUUGAAGGCCUCCUCCUAUCUGAAUAAAUUUGACAGUUCUUCUCAGCUAGAGGGCGUUAGUUCAUGUGUGUCAUAUACAUAAUACUGUGCUCACACUUGUGGAGUUACUUAUGAGAGGGUACUGAUUGGCUAAAAUGCAAGUCUGCCAAAAGAACUGUAAUAAGGGGGCAUUAUGCAGCGACUUAGAUACAAGGUAAUCACAGCGGUAAAGAGUAUAUUAAUAUAACAGUGAUGGUUAUGCAAAGCUGGGGAAUGGGUAAUAAAGGGUUUAUCUAUCUUUUUAAAUAAUAAUACUUCUAGGGUAGAGUGUCCCUUUUAGGUUCUAUAAACCAUCUAAACUAUAAAGUUUAAUUUUGACUCUAUGGUCAAAGCUUCAGGCUUUAUUGAAUAUAUCGGGAGUGGUAAAAUCACAUCUGAUCAAGUUAUGACACUGAAAUUAUGUUUCUUAUGCAGACCAGUUAGUGCAUUGAAAACGAUUAUAUCAACAUUUCAAUAACCAAAUCUCUAUAGCUUGAUACUAGCAGUGCAGUAAACAUUUACUACUGACAUUUCAUCUUAGCAAUAGGUAAACACACUGCAUACAAUCAAUAGUCUACUGUUUACUAAGUAUUGUGUAUACUCUGCAUCUCUGUGCUUCACUAACAAACUGGAAAGCUAAAAAAAAAAUCAUUAAAUAAAAUGUGAAAAGUUUAUUGCUUUCCAGUUUCAUAUGCCAAUGAAAGAGCUUGAAAGAAUUGAACUAAAAAAAUGUUGCUCACCUUGUGUUUUGAAACAGACAAUAAAAUGAUGUUACGAGUUCUGCUACAA